CGAACGAAUAUAUUUGAGCCGGGGCAGAACAUCUUUUCCCGACUAGUGUACUGUAAGAGGCGUAGAACAUCCUUCGCGUCUGGAUCGUGUCUUUCCCGAAUAUUGCCAGAUGGAAUAGAGCAGACAGCAGACGACGACACAGAACAAAGCAGAAACAGCAGAGUCUCUCCUGAAAGCCGAGGAUAUAUUAAAAUAAGCUCUCCUGUCGGGGCGGCCUGGCAGUCGAGGUCCGGCGUCUGGCCCCUGCGUCGUCGGCAGGAGAGAAGAACCAGGGACUUCAACACAGACGGAAGUAGUGAUCAAGAGUCUCUGUUGACGACUAUUCCCUUUGAUCUCUGAAGUUCUGACGGCUACUUUAAUGAAGAAAUACGUUUACAAACGACAAUAAUAAGUAUAAAAUGUGCGAACGAAUAUAUUUGAGCCGGGGCAGAACAUCUUUUCCCGACUAGUGUACUGUAAGAGGCGUAGAACAUCCUUCGCGUCUGGAUCGUGUCUUUCCCGAAUAUUGCCAGAUGGAAUAGAGCAGACAGCAGACGACGACACAGAACAAAGCAGAAACAGCAGAGUCUCUCCUGAAAGCCGAGGAUAUAUUAAAAUAAGAGAAUGCCCUUCCCGGCCUGGCAACUGGUCCUGAUCAGUGCCGUUGUCUCACACGAAGUGCGCUUGGAGCCUCACUUGCAAGGGGCAAUUGGCCCUUCGUAUUCUCUGUCGGAAUCCAGCGCGUCUCCGCCUCCUCGCCUGGGACAGAAUGGAACUGUGCCACAAUCUCAUCCAGAAUUAGCGAAGGAAGAGAGUGUUGCAUCAGAAGCCCAGGGGCAAGAUGUUCCUAAUUGCGCCGUCGAAAUCAACCAUGCCACUUUAUUCGACCGGGCAUUUCUCUGCCCUCGGGCGGAAUCUCUCUACAAGUUAUUUGAAAAUUUUAAAAGAGAGAGUCCUAACAUGCGAGUCAAAAUCACGGUGAAAAAGGUAGACGGGCCGUUGACGCUGCAGCCUCCUCCAAAUAUCAUUAUCGCGCUCUUUCUCCCCAACGCGAACGUAACACGCCUCUCUAAUGGAACGGCAAAUCAGUUCACCGCCCAGGCUUUGCCCCACGCCCCGUUGGCAUCCCUGGUCCAGCUGGACCUGAGGAACAACCCGCUCUUGGAGCUGGAGGGAAUGCAGUGGCUGGGCGUCCUGCGCUCCCUGACGGUCCUCAUUCUCCGAGAGACGCCGGUGACUGAUCGAGAAUUGCCGCCACUGUUGGCGCGUCUUCCUCUUCUCCAGCAUCUUGACAUUUCCUCUUCCGGUCUUCCUUACCUCCCGGAGGAAGCCUUCAACAAAAACCCGGAGCUGAAACACCUCGAUUUAUCGAAUAAUGAAUUUAAGAAAAUAACACUUCCUGAAAACCUAAUCCGAGGGCUGACCCACCUCAACAUCUCGAGCUGCCGGCUGGAGGAGGUGUCCGUGCCGGCGGCGGCAUGGGAGGAGCGGUGGUCCACGCCCUCCUCCCAGGGGCGCCUGAGCACUCUGGACGUGUCCAAGAACCGCCUGAAGUGGCUGCCAAGCAGGCUGGUGGAGGCCCUCAAUAUAUUUUCGUAUGUUAUUAUCAAAG